UAUGUCAAAUAUAAUUAUAAAUAGCUCCUGUCUCAAGAACCUGCUUAUUAGUAUUUAUUAUCCUGUGUUUAAACCAACACCAAAAUCUUUGUUAUUCACGAAACCCCGAUAGCACUUUCCUUAUCUUUUCCGAAUCCGAGGAGUGGCAGUAGUGUGUGGUUUUUCACAAUCAUUACCUCGUUUCAGCUCAAUUUUGUUAAUUGGGCUUCCAUUCAUUAAAGUUUACAAGUUUGCGGCUUUCAAACGAUUAUAUGGGGAGUUGUGUGUCUAAGAAUCAUGCUAAGGAUAAUGAUUCUGAUCAUGAUGUGGAUUUUGCUGUUGGGAAUGUGAAACUUAUUACCACCAAAGAAGCGUGGGACCAAUCUUUGGAAGAAGCAAGGAGGGGUGGCAAAAUUGUGAUUGCAAAUUUCAGUGCAACAUGGUGUGGUCCUUGUAAGAUGAUUGCGCCAUAUUACAGCGAGUUAUCUGAGAAAUACACAUCUAUGAUGUUCUUGUUAGUUGAUGUGGAUGAUCUAACUGACUUCAGCACUUCAUGGGACAUCAAAGCCACACCAACUUUCUUCUUUCUUAAAGAUGGACAACAACUUGACAAACUUGUAGGAGCCAACAAGCCAGAACUGCUGAAGAAGAUUGUUGUCAUUAAUGAUUCGCUUCCCGAAUAUAAGCAGUGACUGUUUUCUCAUUCAUGUUUCUGUGCCCUUUGUCCUUUCACAAGUCACAACUAGUUUUCUACAUGCUUUUUUUUUUUUUUUUUGCCGUGAGUGUCGUUGCAUUUUCCCUCGGAUGUAAAUAUAAGACAUGGCACAUGAAUUUCUCCAAUCCAAAGUGACGUUGCUGUAUUUAGAAAAAGCCUGUUUUGCAAAUAUAAAAAAAUUGUUGUACUUUGUUGUUUAAGCAAAUUCAAUUUUGUGCCAUGACAUUUGGCUCAAUUA